CAUUUGCACAGUGCACACCCCGAGUGCACACCAUGUGCUAUAUUUUCUUUGAAAUAAACUUUAAUAAGUUAGUCAAUUGAAAAGCGAAGUGUUUCACUACAAUGUUGUAAGUAAUUAGCCAAUUAUAAGCUAAGUAUUGUUUCAAUCUGUUUUCACUGGAAAAAAACAAACAACGCAAAGCGCAAGGGUCAAAGUCCUUUUAAUGGUUUACGACCAAAGUAUUCAUUUUCAAAGUCUUCACAAAUAAUUAAAACGAAAAAAGAAAAACAUUCUUCUGCAUAAAAUAAUUUAUAGCGCAUAAGCAAGUUCGCCAGUUUGAAGUUUGCUACUAAUAACGAAUUCAUAAUCAUAAAUAUCUAAUAAUUCACUUUUUUACUAAUCGUUCAUUUCGUCGUGCUAGCCGUUUCCUGACGUUACAAGUACGUAGACGUACACAUACAGAGCCAAAACCCUGGUGAAAAACUGCAGCGAUCUUCGUGUACAGUUAGAGUUGUUCCGGUAAAUUUAUGAAAUGCAGAAAUUGCAAAGCAUAGAGUUAGACCCAAGAGAUAAACUAGGACAAGGAGGUUUCGGUUCAGUGUUUAACGGGAAAUUUGGAGGAAAAGAAGUUGCCGUGAAAAGAGUUGAAUCAAUCGAAACUGACGAACGAGAAGAAGAUGCUCUAAAGAAGUUAAAUCACAUGAACGUCGUCAGACUCUAUCACGUCGAAAGUGACAAUGCAUUCAAGUACUUUGCUUUAGAAUUGUGUAAAGCAUCAUUGGAUCAACUGUUUCUUGAUGAGAGCAAUCCCAAAAAGUAUACAGGACCGUCAUUACCUCACCAUUUCACAGUUUUGUUGCAGUUGGCUUCUGGUCUCGAUCACAUCCAUUCAAAAAACUUAAUUCAUCGAGACAUUAAACCAGAAAAUGUUCUCAUUUCCGUUGGCUCUGAUGAUCAAAAGGUAACAAUGAAAUGGGCCGAUUUUGGGCUUUCCAAACCAGUGAAUGAAAGAGGAACAUUCUCAAUGAGCGGAAUAAAGGGAACAACGAAUUGGAUGGCACCAGAACUGCUUAAAGGGUACAGUGCUGGACACAGAAGUAAUGCCAUGCCAACAAGAGGAACAAUCAAAAGCGACAUAUUUGCAGAGGGACUCGUUUUCGGCUAUUAUCUGGGAAAAGGAGUACAUCCGUUUGGUUCAAAUCGUCUAAAAAUCCCUUCAAACAUUGAAAAAGGAAAACCAGUCAAUAUGGAGAACAUUCAACCUUCCUCUGCUUGCGAGAUGAUUAUAAAAAUGUUGGAAAACAAUCCUGAAAACAGAAUUACAUCACCGGAAAUCGUCCUGCGACUAGAAAAACUAAAGAAAGAGAUGGAAAUCGAAUUAUUCAAAUUAUUGGAAGCACCAAAUGUAGACCUGAAAGAAGUCAAAGCUCUGAUAGACGAAGGUGUCGAUAUCAAUUGCUUUAAUGAAGAAGGAUGUACUCCAUUUCUUUAUCUUAUUAAGAGAUGCAGCACGAAAGACAAUUUAAAAGAGACAGUGCAGUUCUUUAUCGAAAACAAUAUCGAUGUUAACAUCAAAGACAAAGACGAGAGGAACGCCCUUCAUUUCUUGUGCAUGUUUUACGGAAAAGAGGAUUUGAUUGACUUAAUUCAAAUGUUGGUUCGACGCGGAAUUGUCGUCGACUCAACAGACAACGAAGGACAAAAUGCUCUUCAUUUGUUGUGCGAACAUUACAAAAAAGAUAAUAUAAAAGCCAUAAUUGCAAUUUUGAUUGAUAAUGGAAUAGAUGUCAACAGUUACACCAAGGAAAAAUGGAAUGCCCUUCAUAUUUCAUGCAAACAUUACCAGAGAGAAAAUUUGAUCGACGUAGUUAAACUGCUAAUUGAAAGAGGAAUCGACGUAAAUUUAAAAAACAACUUCGAAGAUACCGCUCUGCAAACACUGUGUCGAAAUUAUCGAUACGGUAAAUGGAUUGGGAUAAUUCGAAUGCUGAUUCAAUGCGGAACGGAUGUCAACAAUAGAACCAACAAAGGAUGGAAUGUACUACAUACGAUAUGCAAUGCAAAAUAUCAAGAACUUGACUUAAUUGAAGAAAUUCGGCUCUUAAUCGAUCAUGGAAUUGACGUGAAGUCGAUUAACGACGGCGGCUGGAAUGCCCUUCAUAUUUUAUGUCAGAAUUACAAGAAAGAAAAUUUAAUUGAAAUUAUUCAAAUUUUUAUCCAAAACGGAAUUGACGUCAACUCUAAAAAUAAAGACGGCUGGAAUGCCCUUCAUAUUUUAUGUCAGAAUUACAAGGAGGAAAAUUUAAUUGAAAUUAUUCGCCUUUUUAUUCAAAACGGAAUCGACAUCAACUCAACUAACGACAGCGGCUGGAAUGUCCUUCAUACGUUAUGCCAUAAUUACAAGAAAGAAAGCUUAAUUGAAGUUAUUCGCCUUCUAAUUCAAAAUGGAAUCGACGUCAACUCGGCAAACGACGACGGGUGGAAUGCAUUGCAAAUUUUGUGCCAAAACAACAAAAAUGACAAUUUGAUAUUCGUCUUUUUAUUCAACAGAAAAUUGACGUCAACUGCAAGAACAAAAAAAGGUGGAACGUUCUUCAAUUGUUAUGUAAAAACUAUUCCAACGAUAACCUCAUCAACAUUGUCCAACUUCUAAUCGAAAACAAAAUUGAUGUCAAUCACACGGCAAACGAAGGAAAUGCACUUCAUUUACUGUGUAAAUAUUAUCCAAAUGGAAAUAUUAUCGACAUAUUCCAGCUUUUAAUUACCAACGGAAUAGUCGUGAAAUGGAAUGGCGUCGAUCCGAGAAUCUUAAUCCGUCAAAACCGCAAUCAAGAAAAUAACAGCAGUGCCCUUCAAUUUCUUAAUCGAUAUUUGUAGUUCAGAUAAGAGUGACAAACACUUUAAUUUCCAUGGUAAAAAAUUAAAUCGGCUAGAAGCGAAAUUGAUCGUAAUUUAAUUCCUCGAUAAACAUAUGUUUAUUUGAGCCGAGAUUAUAAAAAAAAAUUUGAAUAUUGAACGAAAU